UGUCAUUAUUGUCAACGUCAAAUCAAACAAACAUUGCACAUCGCGUUUUAUUGUAGAGCAGACUUUAGCAAACUUAUUAAUUUAUCUACCAACAGACGCCUACCAACCUUACUUAUAUUUGCAGUGCCUGACUGCAAAUAUAAUUUUAUCAAGUUGCAGCAGUCAAGUCGCCGGCAUGGUGGCGGCUGUUUUCUUGUGGCGGUGGAAGUGAACAUUCUUAUGAGGUGAUUCAGUGACUGCUGGUGUUGCUGACUGUUGGUCACUAGUAGUGUUGGUCCACAUGACUUGGACUGAAACAUUCAACACAAGUGCUACAAACAGGCAGUAGACAUGGCGCUGUACGAGGGGAUAGCGCUGAUACAAGAGAAGCAAGCUGUCGUGUUGGACCUCGGCACUGACUACACAAAGUUCGGGUUCACAGGCGAGGCGGCGCCGCGCUGCAUCGUGCGCUCGGAGUUCUGGUGCCCGGCCACGCGGCGCUACCGGCGCCUGCACGACUACAGCUCGGCCGCCGAGCUCUACGACAACCUCGUGCACAUGCUGCACCAGCUCUACUUCAGGCAUGUGCUGGUCAACCCCAAAGAACGUAAAGUUGUAGUGGUGGAGUCUCUGCUUACCCCCACCCUGUUUCGGGAGACGCUGGCUAAAGUGCUCUUCAUACAUUAUGAGGUGUCGGGCGUGGUGUGGGCCGACAGUCCGCGCCUGUGCGCGCUGACGCUGGGCGCGCCCGCCGUGCUCGUCGUCAGCAUCGGCGCGAAAGACAUAGAAGUUGCCGCAGUGGUGCACUCGUGCGUGGUCCUGCACGCGCUGCAGUCGCAGCCGCUGGGCGCGCGCGCCGUGCACGCCGAGCUGGCGCGUCUGCUGGACGAGCACAACGGGGGGCCGCUGCAGCUGGACGACCAGGUCAUCGAGGACAUCAAAGUGAAGACGUGUUUCGUGACGACGCGGGAGCGCGCGGCGCAGUGGGCGACGGACCGUCCGCCGGCGGCGGCGCGCGACGUGCGCUACGGCCGCGUCACGGUGCCGGGGCGCGCGCGCGAGCUGGCGGCCGAGGUGAUGUUCCAGCGCGACCACGAGCUGGCGUCGCUGGCGGACGCCGUGCUGCAGUGCGUGGCGGCGUGCCCGCGCGACGUGCGCCGCGCGCUGGCCGCCGGCGUGCUGGUCACGGGCGGCGGCGCGGCGCCCGGGCUGCGCGCGCGCCUCAAGGCCGAGCUGCUGCACCUGCUGACGCAGCCGCCGUACUGCGACACGCUGCACGUGCGCGAGUUCAAGUUCCACGCGGCGCCGGCGCCGAACAACGCGGUGGCGUGGCUGGGCGGCGCCGUGCUGGGCGCGGGCGAGGCGGGCGCGGGCCGCGUGCUGGCGCGCGAGCAGUACGCGCGCGAGCCGCGCCUGCGGGACUGGGUCUGUCUGCUCGACAACACGCCGCCCGCGCACCCGCACCGCGCCUACCUCGACAUAUAGCGACAGUAGCCGACAUAUAGCCGACAUGUAGUCGACAUAUAGCCGACAUAUAGGCGACAUGUACCCGACGUCUGCUGCUUUAGUGUAUUAAUACUCAAACACAGUUGAUAAUGUUUGUGUAACCCUGUUGCAGGAACUAUUGUUCCAACUCGCACGAGCAUCUUUAAUAUUGUCUUAAUAUUUCCACUAAGAUGAACAUUAAAUUAAAAAAUAAAUAUUUAUUGUUA